CAAUAGUUCAGCCAUGCGUACUUGCGCGCACACUCAGUCACUCUGAGGUUGGCGUGACUUACUCCCUACUUUCGUCACUAUUUGCAAAUGAUUUAUAAUUACAUCCAACAUUUGCUGACAACAUUAUGUUUUCACAGCCUGCGUGCCUCAGGGAGCAGUCACCGAAAUCCGUGCGAAGUACAUCCAGGUAGGAUAACUAUACAGGUGUACAUUGUGCUUGCGUCUGUUCGGGUACACGGGGCAUUGCAACGAAGGGCUUAUUUGAGAGCGCAUGCACAACGGUAUAAACUUUCAUCCAGUGGUAUUCAUUUACAUUGGUGCUUUGGCGCGCAUAGGACCCGUCGUCUGCGGCAUACAUUUUGGAAUACUUCACGAUCGUGAGAAAAAUUCAUCACCGUCUGACUCGGUGGAUCUACGAACCCCGGUGUAGAAAAACACGAGACGUGAGCCGUGUUUUGACUAGCUUUGACACGAGAACCAUGGAUAUUAACAGGUUCGUGCUGUGUUGUAUAGUAGUGGCCUGUAGCAGUCUGUGUCAGCUGACUUAUGGAGGUGUUCUACCGGGGGAGCUCCAGGGUGAUGGUGGUGUGGAUGUGGGGCAUCUAGAUGGUGUUCCUGGAGCUGGUAGGAUGAUUUUGGGGAGGUAUGCCAGAGCACCAGGCCCAGGAAUUCAGACGUCGAAAUGCAGCGGAGGACUGGACUUGUAUUUUGUCUUGGACAAAUCAGGAAGUGUCUCACAUAUCCACUUCCAGCAGCAGACUGUCAACUUUACUGCAUUGCUACUCAGCAGAUUCACGAGCUCCAAAGUACGUGCUUCUUUCAUCACUUUUUCAACGUUUGCUGAAGUCGUCACAAGGCUUACAAGUGACAGUGCUGCUCUCACCAAGGGGAUUCAACGCCUUCGUGCUGUGGUGCCGGAUGGAAAUACACAUCUACAUUAUGGCAUUGAGAAGGCCAAGACACAAAUCAUGUCAUCAGGUGGUGAUACAGCUAGUGUGAUCAUAACAUUGACCGAUGGAAAACUCAGUGACGUUCCUGAAUCUGUUGCAGAGGCAAAUAUCGUUCGAAAUUUGGGGGCGUCUGUACUUGCUGUGCGUGUUGGAGAUAGCAAUACCAUAGACUUGAUCAACGUCGCCGAUAAACCUACAUCGCAACACAUCUUCCGAGGCGACACAUUCAACGAUCUCGACAGUAUUAUUGACCAGAUUGUGAAUACAUCAUGUGUCGAAAUCUUGUCUGCACAUCCAACCGAAGUUUGUACGGGAGAAACCUUCAAUGUUACGAUAAGAGGGAAUGGGUUUGCUAAAACAAACGAUGUCUCCCAAGUACUCUGCAAUUUUCGGCUGAAUGAUACGGAUAAUCAAGAGGUUCGACCGUAUUUAGUGACCGACAGUGAAUUGGUAUGCGCAGCUCCACAAAUAGAACAAGAUGGAGACUUUGUGGUGCUUCAAGUGUCUGUGAACGGGAAGACUUUUAUAUCGAGUAAUUUAACCAUUACUGGUACAUCUUGCACACCGCCUGAUGUAAUUGCUAUCGUCCUGGGCUUAUUCCUAGCGCUCCUCGCUCUUGGUCUGUUCCUCCUGUGGUGGUUCUGGCAGCUCCUGUGCUGUGUGGUUGUGGUGAAGCCGAAGCCCCCUCCUCCUUCCCCACCCCCAUCCCCCAACUCUAAGAAGUGGCCUACAGUGGACGCUUCGUACUAUGGAGGUGGCGGCAUAGGAGGUAUUAAGGCAGUCAGAGUGAACUGGGGUGAGAAUGGAUGCACGGAGGCAGGGUCCCAUCUUGAGAAAGCUAAAAAUGCCAAGACCCUAGCGAUUAACGAGGAAUCAGACGGCCAACUCUUGGGAUCAAACGGAAUGAGCAUGUCAUGCCUUGAGGCACUCAAGAAAUGUUUUGCUCCAGUGAAAGCAUUCUAUGACAGGAUUGCCGUCUCGAGACCUGCACCUGGACAGAAGGGCUACUGCUGUUCAGUCCAGCGCUAAAGGCCAUGAUCAUGAAACCUCAAGUCUGGAGACUCGUGAGACGCAAUCGUCAUGGAUCAAACAACUUUGCAAUACUUGGAUACAUUCACAAUUUCAUGCUGUACAUAUUCUUUAAAUUUUGUGAAAAUUACCAAAUAGCCCUUUUUAUCAGAAAAAUCAUUCCCAAGUAGGAGCUAUGGAUUGCAUGUACCUUAAUUCUAAACAAGCAACAACAAGACCGCCGGAACUUUAUGUAAUGUUCUGUC